GCAUAUCCCACAAUUUGGAAGGUCUGGAUAGCCACAAAAGAGUGCCAUAUGCGAGGAGGAUGAAUCACCCACCAUUUUCAUAAUGGUUGUGAACUAUCAUAGGAGUGGAGCCCGUGCAAAUGGGUUAGUUUAUGCUUACUCUUUUGUCCUUUAAGCUUCUUUGAAUGGAAUCUCAAAUGUAGGUAUUGAAUUUGGAAUGGGGUAAAAGGAGGCUUUCUCUAGAAAAAAAUUGAAUUUUGUAGGCCACUUAGCAGACCAGGUGUACUUAAAAUAUCCAUGUAAGGUGGCCCACCUUCUAUCUCUCUAGUGUUUAUAAACAUGGUGAUAGUGCUUGCACUGGUCUGAAAAAGAUAUCAAAACCAAACAUCCAAAGGCCAAGAUGACAGGGUUUGGAUCUCCUUGUGGAGCUUGCAAGUUCCUAAGAAGGAAGUGUGCUAAGGGGUGUGUUUUUGCACCAUACUUCUGCCAUGACCAAGGGGCCACACAUUUUGCGGCCAUCCAUAAGGUGUUUGGUGCGAGCAACGUAUCAAAGCUCCUCACGCACCUCCCGAUAGCAGACCGCCUCGAAGCGGCGGUCACAAUCACGUAUGAGGCCCAGGCGAGGCUCCAAGAUCCGAUAUACGGCUGCGUUUCUCAUAUUUUCGCACUUCGACAACAGGUUGUAAAUCUACAAGCACAACUAGCAGUUCUAAGGGCACAAGCAACCCAAACCCUUGCCAACAGCUCUAAUACAAACCCAUCAGAGUUGUAUGAUAGAUUUCCAGCUUACCAACAAAGUGGCAAUGGAUUCUUCCAUUCUGAAGGCUCGAGGACAGCGCAAACAUCCCUUUCAGAUCCAUCAAGCAGUGUUGAAACCAUGCUAUACUGUGAAAAUGGGCCCAUGGACCAAAAUUCCAUGGGUGAUUAUCACCAUUCAACCAUGACUGAGGAACACAUCUCAUUUGCCACUGAUGGUGGCUAUUUACACACCAUGGCCUCCGGUGAAAUGCAAAUGGAUGCUAGGAAAUGGGAAUUCCAAGAUAUGGAGGACCUUCAAUCAGUAGCUUUUGGACAUCUUCAUUAUAGAUGAUAUGACAGAAUCGUUGGAGAAGAAGAUAUGAUCGACAGUGGGUGGAAGGACGGACAGAUGGACACAUCUUUGUCAAUUUUGGAAGGGCUACUACAUACUUCUAAGCAUGCAUUUUCUACUAUAAAUAAGCAAGGCAAUAGAAGUUCAUAAUGAAAUGAAGAUUAACCAUUA